GAACAGUAGCUAAGCCUAAGUAUCAGCCUUUCGCUAUCUCAGUACUAUUUUCUAACACUUUUGUAUUUGCUUCUUUCUUUUUCACACCAGAUCUGGGGAUCCAAGCUAUGGCUGAAAAGUUUUUCUUUUGUAGGUGACGAUAAUGGUGCUGAAGGUCGACCUUCAGUGCAGGAAAUGUUACAAGAAGGUCAAGAAAGUGCUCUGUAAUUUCCCUCAAAUACGAGACCAGAUAUACGAUGAAAAGACUAAUACGGUGACCAUCAAGGUGGUAUGCUGUAGCCCGGAGAAGAUCAGGGACAAGUUAUGUUACAAAGGUGGUGGAUCCAUCAAGAGCAUUGAGCUCAAGUCGCCGGCGAAGCCCAAGGAACCGGAGAAGAAACCCGACAAACCUAAAGAAGCCGAGAAGCCGAAAGAAGCUGGGAAGAAACCGCCAAAGCCCAAAGACGGUGGUGAGACGAAACCGGAUAUACCUAGAGAGGUGGCGUCGCAGCAGAAGGUUGCGGCACCUGCUCCUUUACCGCCGACGACGUAUGCAGUUGGGUAUAAUUGCUCCGAGGGUUAUUAUAAUGGCUAUGGUGGAGGACCUACCUAUUAUGGUGGACCACCCCAACAACCGUUCCCAUGUUACGAGACUUACGGUAGGCCUGUUUAUGACAGCUGGGGCGGCGGCGGCUACUACCGGUACGGCUGCCGUACCGGUGAUUGUGUUAGUGAAGAAAACCCACAAGGUUGCUCGAUCAUGUAAAAAAAACCGCGGGAAUUUGCUACUGAAAGCAAUAUAUACCUGAAUUCUAUAUAGUAUAAUAGUAAUAAUAAAUUCUCUUGUUUACUGGUGUAUGAA